AACCUCGCUAGACUUGUUACAGGCACUUUAUAUGCGAGACAGACAGUUUGCUCGUUUUGUUAUUCAAAUGGUUCCAUUACACUUUGCACGGCGGCUGCUUAUCCUAGAAUUAGUGGGACUUCGAUUAUACAAGUUAGUAGGAAGAACACAUUGCCGAUCUGUCGUUUCCCCUGUCAGCAAAAACUCACCCGAUACAAGGUUGAGGCUAAUGACCGAUGAAACGACGCGCCACCAUUAUUACCUGCAACUGCGCGACAAUGUCGUCAGGCAUGGCGGCGGCGUGGAGAACCUCCAUCCUCACCAUCCCUUACACGAACCGUCUAUCGUCACGCCGUUGCUCACACUCGCGGGUCUUGCCCUACAAGCCGAUCUUGGCGACUACUCCGAGGAACGGCAUAGGCCACACGCAGGAUCUGUGGGAUACUGCAAGCCCACCGAUUACCUUCCGCCACACAUGUGCCUCGAGUCGAAUGUGCUCGCGGUGCUCGCGGCACAGCACAGAGACAACCGAGGCUUAUCGAGGGAGGAGGCAGAGCUGCAAUACAUCCGGGAGGCGGUGCUGCUGGAGGCGCCGCUCAACGCUCAUCUCUAUCGGUUACGAAGAAGCAAGAACGAGGCAGGCCCGGGACGUAUACUCCUGGCGAUUUGCGCUCGCGGGGUGCGAGUCUACGCCGAGGAGGAAACACCGCGGGUCUUCGCUUGGAACAAUAUCGGCAAACUCUGCUUCGACCGCAAGAAGUUCGAGAUACGCGCAGUCGAUCAGCCGGACAAGCUCACCCUCUACAGUGGAUGCGAUGAUAAAAGCAAGCUGCUCCUGGGUCUCUGUCGAGAUACCCAUCAGUUCUCCAUGGCCAUAGCACCUAGAGUAAACGAGGCGAUAAGGCGAGAGGAGGAAGAGAGGAAAGUACUUCGCGACUGCUACAUGUAUCCUGCCCGAUGCAAGCUGAGUUUAACGGCACGUGGGGCGCGCGGUGACCAACGAAUUUCUGUUAUCUCCAGCACGUCGUCCAAUACGACUUCUGGAAUUGUCAGCGACCGGGUUCACAGCGAGGACGAGCCAGAUACGGCGCCCGCCUCGACCGAAUGUUUGCCACGUCUUACUGAGAACACUUCGUACUCCGGUGUUCAGUGUGGUGUUGUGAACGGCGCGAACGCGGACGUCGAGGAUCGUUCCAUGCCGUCAUCGCCAGUCUCCGCCGUCGACGAGGUCGACGGUACAGACAGUACUCCCACGACUGCUGCGUUGCGAUUGGCAUCGAGCGCGGCCACGGCUGCUGAGGGGUCACAAUGUAGCAGCAGCUGCAGCACGGUCGUGAUUGUGAAUGCACCUGCUGGUGGACCGCCGCGAAUGCGGCGCACAUCCGCGACUUCCAGUCUGGAACUCGGUUACUCGCAUACGGCACAGAAUUCAGCGGUUUCGUCGGAAACUGCUAGUUUUCCUGGCGCCAUUUAUGACAGAUGCAAAAAAGGUGGCAAAUACGCAGGCACUGAUAUAGCAAGCGAAACUAGUGGAGUAUAUACUCUGAGAAGUAGCGAGAUGCAGGAUGAAAGAAUGGCGGAUCUAUAUUCACCAACCGGUGACGCGAACGGAUCUUCCGCGGCGAGCGACGUGUGUGCCUUAAGUUCCGUCCAGUCAACGACCGACGAGGCGUCCGUAACGUCCGGUUUUUAUACCAUACACAGUGGCCUUAGAUCCGAAACAAGCGACGUUUACAUAGAAGAUGUUGGCGCGGAGGAUCAGGAACCAAUUUACAGCAUCUGCAAAGGUGACGAAGACGUUGGUAACGUUGUGUCGACCAUAACAGCAGCUCUGGAUCAGCAGCUGGAAGAUUCUAGAUCACGUAGUAACAGCAUACUCAGCGUAGGAAGUUUUAGAGGCGACGGCAGUGAUCCAUCCAGCGUCGGACCUCUGCUGUCAGCCAACGAACUUUCCGACUUGAUAGUCGGGCGUUAUCCUCCUCGGAAAACCAUCAGCAACUCCAUGGAUUCCGAUUGCGAUUACGUUACCAUGCCUCCACCACCGCCGCCACCAAGAACCGACAGCGACAGACAACUUCCACCACCACCUCCUUACCCAGUGAGCAUGGACUACGCAACGAUAAACUCACCGCGGCCCAACAUAUCCGACAUCGAGAGGGAACCGCCGCCUCCGCCACCGUAUAACGCUAGUCGCGGCGAGUUUGUACCUCUACCACCGCGAAGAACCGAUCCACCGCCACCGCCACCUUACACCUCGCCCAGAGAAAGAAUUCAGAUACCACCGCCUACGCCUCCGAGAAACGACGCGGUAACGCCCAGAGAACCACCACCUCCGCCGCCAUAUCCCGAGGUCUCGGAGGUCACUCGACAGGAAGCAAUCUCCAAGCUGUAUCCAGCCACCAGCGAGGAGAUCGUGUCAAGGGUGACGUCGACCAAGCUACAAACUAGCUUGGCGAACAGCAUGAUGAACGCCACUCUGGCAGCUUCGAAGACAACCAGCGGCAGUCAAGCGAACGUGAACGACGUUGCUACGAUCGCCCCGAAACCGCCACCCAGAAUUCAACCACCCACAUAUCCCGGUGACAAAAUGAAACCCACGCCGGUCCACGCUCCCGUAGCGGCUCUUGUCGUUGGACCGAACAAUUACCUGGAUGUACACGCUUCACGAGGUGGUCCGGUUUUGUUGCCUUACUUAACACCACCGCCGCCCCCGCCACCCCCUCCACCACCCAUGGUACAUCCCAGACAACCUCCGCCGCCACCGCCCAGCUUGGCUACCGUUUACACGAGUCAAGUUGCGAGGUCGCAGAUCGAACAGUACAAGCAGCAACUGUACUCAGACGUCGAUUACGUGAUGUUCCCUUUGAAGGAUCCCGCGGUGUCGAAGCAAGAGUACAUCGACGCGAAGCAGGGAUCGCUUCUGGCUGCUAUGGCCGCCUAUCCUCCCCCGCCUUAUCCCUCUUUUAACAAUAAAUCGUUAGUAAUGUAUCGUAGCACACCGUACCUUCCUGGCUCCUCGUUCUCGUCACCCACGAAAUACGCUUCGAAUCAAAACCUUAGUAGCAGCGACACGAGCUCUAACAAUUACUUACCGCAUAGUAACCUGAGCAGCCACUACGCUGCUAGUACAAGCUCACUAUAUAGCGGAGCUACUUGUUCGUCGGCAGGAAGUCAGAGUCUUAGACGCGAACCGCCAGCCCCAGCUCAUCCGCACACGCUGCACGCGUUCUCCAGGACGAGAAGCGACGAGAACAUAUUGAAGUGUUUCGACUCGCCUUCCACCACCAAGCUGCAGUCACUGCCGCAGUUGAAGCAUCGCCGACUUCCGCCACCUCCGCCGCCACCGCCUUACGAGAUACAGAACCUCGAGAAGAAUCAACCACUUCCAUCCGCCUCUUCAUCGUCUUCCUCUCCGAAGAAGACGCCGAAAGCAACCGCGGUGGAGGAGUGCGAGGAAGGGAAAGAAGACGGAAUGUUGGACAUACGAACGCUUCGCGAGAAGAGUCGUAACCUCGACUUGCCUCUGAUAUCGGCGUUGUGCAACGAUCGGUAUCUGUUGAAACAGACGAAAGCGUUCGUGAUGCCGAAGCAUCCCGCCGAGGCGACCUCCUCGACGUCCGUGAAAAACGGCACGAGAAGCAGCAGUGGCGGAACAUCCAGCAGGAACAAGUACCCGGUCAGUGGUCUCUCCACCACGCAGAUCACCAAACCUCCGAGGAAAUCAUCGACGAGUACUCACAAACACCCGGCCGAGGUGAAGGGCAACGCUUACAAAGUGACAAACUCGACAGGCGUGUCGGUUGUCAAGAAGGAUCCAACAAGAGCGUCGCAUUCUGACUGGACAUUUGUUAUGGGUGAAAGGUUGAACGAAUCUUUCAAUAAUGAGAGGAAACCGCGAGAACACGCUGUUAAUAGAAAACUGUCCGUACUGCACUACAGAACGCGUACUAAAAGGCAACACGUGACAAUUAAAAAUUGUGUAAGAUUUGCGCGAGAGUGAAUCUUUCAAACAUUAAUAUCUUUAGACUAUAGCGUAAUGAGUAAUAAUUUUUAACUGUGUAAGUUGACUUAUGUUUAUUAAUAUUAGAUAUUAAUAUUACAACAUGACCCAUGUCUGUACAUAGUAUUUGCGUGAAAUCAUAGGACUUGUUGUAGUCGGAAACCUCAUGUAUGUACCACACGUCACCUCAGCUAUGAAUAAUAAACUUUUUUUAUAAUGAAGGUCGUUACGAAAAAAAUGCUUCGUGUUGACUGUGUGAAAUUGAGUGAACUUCAUGCUACCUUUUAUCAUGUAAUUUACAACCAUUCGUCCACAUGUACGUAUUAUAUCUUUUAUAUCUUAUCUGCAAUGAUUUCGGAAAGUCUUAAUAUGUAGUGAAAAAUUGCCUUAACUAUAUUUAACUAUUAUAAUUUUGCUUCAAACAAAUCGUACAACAAAUUUUAAGAGAUAGGUAUAAAGGGGAGAGUUUGGUUGAUUUAGCUGAGGAAAAAUUUUUUUUCGCAAAGACGUAUGAAUUUGCAAAAUUUUCGAGAAAACAAGUAUUUUGAUUUAAAAUGAUGUGAGAACAUCUUUGGAAGAAAUGAACUCAAUAUUGUAAAAGUAAAAACUUCAUAUUCCAAAAUGCACUUUUGAUUGUUCGAUUUGUUUUUUAUGAAAUUAUAGCAGUUUAAAGUGUCUAUAAUUUUCGUUUCUUUCAAAGAUUAUGAGAGGAGGUAAGUGAAGAUAUUUUCUCUCUUGAAAAUUCACACGUCUCUUUACGAAAAAAAUUCUUCAUAAAGACUGCUAAUGGUCAAAGAUUGAAGUCUCCCUGUCACAACUAAAAUUCAUUGUGUGAAUUUAUGAUUUUUUUUUUUUUAAAACAAAAUUAUAAUAACUGGAAACGUCGACAAUUUAUCAUCGUGUGGGAAAUUAUACCAACGCGAUCACAACGACUCCAAUACAGCUCAUUAUAGUGCUAAUGGAGCAUGAAGAAAAAUGACUGAAAGUAAGUAGAGAAUCUACCUAAAGUCAUAAGAACCGCUUUACAUUUGCAAUCACCGUCCUCUGUUCGUUCCUUACGUUCAUAAUUUCAUUUUCUGUUCACAGAUAGCG